GCAUCGGGUCACCCUCUCCUCCGCCAUUUCUGGAAACUUUUUGCGGUCUCUCUCUCUCUCUCUCUCUCUCUCUCUCUCUCUCUUCAAUGGCUUUGCGUCUCCCUCUCACUCCGCCGUCGAUCAGGCCCUCGACGUCGUUGCCUUGCGACGGAAAGCAACCGAUUGCUUCUCUUUCGGACUCGAAGAGCGGCUGCUUCAGUUCAAAGAGCUUGAAUGUUACUAGUCGCAGGAGCAUUGGUGUUUCCGGUGGAAAUCGCUCCUUCAAGGUCAAUUCUAGCUUAGAUAUUGCCGGAGCUACCGUCGGCCAGGUCACCGAGGUCAACAAGGACACUUUCUGGCCCAUCGUCAAUGCUGCCGGCGAUAAAACCGUUGUGCUCGAUAUGUACACCCAAUGGUGUGGACCCUGCAAAGUGAUGGCUCCCAAAUUCCAAGAAUUGUCUGAGAAAUAUCUUGACGUUAUCUUUCUAAAGCUUGACUGCAACCAAGACAAUAAGCCAUUGGCAAAGGAACUUGGGAUAAAAGUGGUGCCGACGUUCAAAAUUCUAAAGAAUAAAAUGGUAGUUAAAGAAGUAACAGGAGCAAAGUAUGAUGAUUUGGUUCAUGCCAUUGAUGCUGUAAGAACCAGCUGAAGACUCACCUCUUUCUAAGUUUAUAUGUUGCAAGGAAGAGAGAGUAUCCACAACUGUUACUUAUUUGACUCUCUUGAUUUAAUGAUUUUGUGUACUGUUAAGUCAGUCCUAUGGAAGAAGAAGCAAUUCAACAAUAUUCUUAUUCUUCUUCCUGCAAAGAUAGUUUGGGAAAUGGUUCUGUAUAUAGAUGUUUGGGGCAGGGAUAUUUGAAUAUGGGCAAUGACAGUUCACACUUGCUUUUACA